GAUGGAACCUCUCAGACCGCCCCUUUGCAGAGUGUUAAUGAGCUAGCAGAGGCAAAACAAUUAAUCACCACAUUACAGCGCGAAAAUGCAGCAUUAAAAGAAAGAUGCAACAAGCUAGAAGGUAUUGUAUUGACAUACUCUUAAUUUCCACACAUUCAAAACAAAGACGACUAGUUUCAACCUUUAAUAGAAAUAUUUUUUUAUUAAUUUUCAGAGCCAACUUUUGAUGAGCAGUUCAAAACGUUCCACAAGUGUCUCACUAAACAUUACAAGGAUGGAGGGCAGCGGCUAUACGACCCUGCAGACAUGGAAAAAUUUGCCAACAAGUGCACCCCAGGAUUGUUCAACCGUGCCUUGUGUCUAGUCAAGAAUGAUGAAAAACAACAGCUUUCUAAGAAAAGACAUGAAAUACUGAGACUGCGAGUUGUGGCACUGCUUCAUCAGCUGUCUUACUUUAGAAACCAAGUGUGUAUAAUAAUAAUAAAAAAUAAAAUAAAUAAUAAUACUAAUAAUGAUAAUGGUAAUGAUAAUGAUAAUAAUAAUAAUAGUAAUAAUAAUAAUAGUAAUAAUGAUUUAAUAAUAAUAAAAACAAAACUUUAUUCAUAGAUUUAAAAAAAAAAAUAGACUAUAAUAUUAAUAAUAAUAAUAAUAAUAGCAGGAACCAUACUUUAGGAAGACACUUAAAUUAAAUUAAACACUAUGGUGUGUAAUAGACAUAAGUGUUGCUUGUUUGUUUUCAACAGAAAAACAAUCCCUUACAACAAGAUUGUGGGUUGCACUUGUCCUUUCAUGGUGCCAGUGAUGAUGCUUUGACAGCUGGCUCACUUCUGGGGUUUAGCACUCACCCGAGAAGUGUGCUAAAUCAUAAAAAAGGAUUGUCUGGAAAAAGCAUUCACAAGACACAAGCGAUCGUUGAGAGUGCCAUAAAGGUACAUGUAUUUACAUACUGA